CUCUCCUCUUGCCUCCUCAUUCUCAACAUCCUUAAUCCCAUUCAAGAAAGCACUGAUGCGCCACCUUUGGACCACAGCCAGCCUGGCACUCUCCUGUGCCGUGCUCUCUCUCGCUUAUCCAAACCCACAAUCCCAUCCUCAGCUGUCAUGGACAGACCUGCAACAGGAGCAACAACAACAUUCCUUCGCCCCCUUCCACCGCAGCACACACCAUCCUGGCAGCAACAGCGACCAUAGCGGCAUUAAUGCUUAUGCCCGCUUUGAUGGCGAACAGGUUCUCCGCGUCGAGAUCACAUCGCUGGCCCAGCUAAGGCAGCUCGAAACAGUUGUAGAGAAUCACAGUCUCGACUUGUGGUCUAAUCUCAGGAUUGGAACUGUAGAUGUGAGAAUUCCAGCGUCGAAGAUGGAGGCCUUUGAGGCCGCCACCCACAAUAUCCCCUCCACCGUCAUGAUACCUAACUUACAGGAGCUCGUCCCCAGCCAGUCCCCAGCGUCUCUGCUUCACGCCGCCAACAACGAGUGGAACUUCACCGACAACUCGUUCUGGCUCAAUUACCAUGACUUUGCAACGCUCAGCAAUUUUACAGAGGCGAUGGUCCAACAGUUCCCAGAUCUGGUCAAGCGGGUAUCGAUCGGACACACCUAUGAAGGCAGGGAGGUCUUUGGUAUGUCGAUUCAUGGAUACAAGGGCAAGAAAGAGAAGGAGGGCAAGAAGGGCUUCCUCGACGACGAUAAUGACGCUGCAGACGAUGGUGACGAGGAUGAAGAUGAGAAGACAGCACUUAAGCAAGUGGAGGAGCAGAUCGAGUCAUGGUGGUCCUGGCUGUUUGGAAACCCAAAGCAGUCUAAGCGUAAGCCCUCGAAGCCAAAGAAGCACCCGAAGGCCAUUGUCCUCCACGCAGGACAGCACGCCCGAGAGUGGAUUAGUCCUGCUGUAGUCACCUACAUCGCCAAGGAACUGAUCUUGGGGUAUAGCCACAACAAGAAGAUCACUCGGCUAGUCAACCAGUUCGAAUUCAUAAUUGUGCCGGUGCUGAAUGCAGAUGGCUAUGCCUUCACCUGGGAACACAACCGAAUGUGGAGGAAAAAUCGGCAGCCAACCUCGGUUCCCUUUUGCCCUGGUAUCGAUCCCAAUCGCAGUUGGGGAUACAAAUGGAACACUGGCGGCAGCUCAAGCAACCCUUGCAACGAGGCCUAUAAUGGACCCGAGGCCUUUGCUGCCCUGGAGGCCAAGAUGAUGUCAGAUUUCAUUCGUAAGCGCAAGAACGUGGUCGCCUACAUCGACUUUCACGCCUAUUCCCAGCUUUGGAUGACACCUUUUGGAGGUGAUUGCGAUCAGAUUCCCAAGGAUGAUGAGGACAUCAUGGAGGCCGCCAUGGGAGCAGCCAAGGCAUUGUAUGGUAUUCACGGCAAGAAAUUUGCUGUUGGCAGCAUCUGCAGCAUCAUCUAUCAGGCCAGCGGUGGAUCUAUUGACUGGACAUAUGCUGAGGGCAAGGUCAAGUACUCGUACGGAGUAGAGCUGCGAGACACUGGUCGCUACGGGUUUCUUCUCCCAGAAUCCGAGAUCCUGCCGUCGUCCGAGGAGACCUUUGCUGCUGUCAUCUAUCUAUCUAACUUUAUCCGCAAACGCGAGAAGCAGUGGGGCUACAUGCUGUAAGCAAAUUAGAUCCAUCAUAGCCAGAGCGGCGUUGUAUAUUUCGUUUUCACUAUAAUAAAUACUGAAACCUCCAUAGC